AUGACUGAUGUCAGCCCGAUGGUCCAUGGAAAUAGCGCCGCAGCGCCGGACAUUACGCCUGAAGCUGGCUCCAGCAAGCGCCAGAAGUCCAGGCACCGAGCAUCCACAGCAUGCGCAACGUGUCGGGAGCGGCGCAUACGUUGCGUAGUGCCGCCCGGCGAGAACCAGUGUGUCCAGUGCCAGCGAACCUCUACCCACUGCAUUAUCAAGAACGACGAUGAGCGACGGCGACCUAUUUCGAGGGCAUAUAUGACUACCUUGACAGAGCGCGUGGCACUUCUGGAGUCUAUGCUGAAAGAACAAGGAACUACUCCACCGCCAGUCGUCUACCCUCCGAAGACAACACGAGGCAGUUUAUAUGCAGACGGGGAAGAGUCUCCUGCACGAGUGGGUUUGGCCCAGGCACGACUCAACGCGAACAAUGAGCAUGUAAAGUCAGAAGGGCCCAGUCCAACGACUGACCCAAGCCCAGGGUAUGCAACGCCGCAAACUGGUUCAAUAGCAGGAGAAAGUCACAAGAGCCGGAGCGACAAGGAGGGCAGUGCGGGAACAUCGUUCGAUGACAAGAAGGAAGGUCUUGUCAGCCGUCUGCUAUCUACUCACGGUCAUCUGUCCUCCGAUCAGCUCUCUGGACGAAUGAGAUUCUACGGUGGCACUGUGAAUUGUCAUGUCUACUCGGAGAAUGUUACGGAUCAUGCCAAAGCCGAUCAAGACCGACUUGAACAAGCUAGGAGGGCCGAAAAGUGCGUCCGAAGCUUGCCACUUGAGACACAUGACUAUCUAAUGUCCAUGUUCUGGCAGCACUACAACAGCGUAUUACACGUUGUGCACGAGGAGGCCUUUCAUGAGGACCGGGAGCAUGGACGCACGCAGUUCUACUCUGGGUUUUUGCACGUGUGCAUAUUAGCAAUGGGCAUCAGGUCAGCGGACAAGACGAGGCCGGACAUGCAGCGAUUGGCGUUACCUGGCAGGGAAAGCCAACUGCACCGCGAGGCGAAGUACAUGUUGGAUCUCGAACUUGAAAGACCAGGUGGCAUCCCCUCCAUUUCAGCCCUCAUCAUACUUGGAGACCUUGAAGUGGGCGUGGGACGAGAUAACGUUGGGUGGAUCUACUCAGGUAUAGCUAUCAGGCUAUGCUAUGACCUUGGGCUGCAGAUGGACAGCCGCAAUGCAGGACUCUCGCAACGCGAAGUCGACAUCAGACGAAUGACACUGUGGGCAUGCGUUGUCUACGAUCGAUACUGGAGUCUCUUCCUCGGUCGCCCGCUUACGAUGAAGAGCAGUGAUCUGGAGGUAUACUCAUUGACGGACCAGUUCGAGCGUCUCGGAACAUGCAUGCCUGCUGGCGCCGAAAAGUCUCUACAUACGAGAAUAUACGAAGCUCUCAUUGAUCUCAUGGAGAUUGCAGGGAAGAUCGUGGAGCAUGCUGAAUUACGAACGCAGCACAGCCAGACCAGUGGACCGGACCAGCAAGCCUAUUUCAAAAUGGCUGCUCUGGAUCGUGAACUUCACAACUGGGUCUCUCGCUUGCCGUCAGACUUGCGCUACACCGAUGACAAUCGAGCGAAUGCACCCCUGUCAUUUUAUCUGCUCCACCAACAGUACCACACGACCCUCAUUCUUCUGCAUCGACCUUUCGCCCGAUACGACGACGAUGCUGUUUCGGAAACAGACGAAGUCAGCGCAUUGGACAGCCAUUUCUCACAAGCAAGCCGCGCCAUCUGUACACAAAGCGCGGUCGCAACGGCUCAGCUCUUUUGGCAUCACCGACAAAAGUUCGAUGGCAGGCAGAUCUUCUGCACUGGCAUGCAACACGCCGGGACUGCUGGCACGGCACUUAUCGCAGCUCUCGCGUACAUACCCGAUGCGACUGAUCGCAACAACAACAUGCAAUACCUCGAAGUGCUCCAUUUGGCGUUACUUGACAUGGCUCACAAUUACGUGCCUGCCGAAAGAAUGGCGGCUGUAUUAGAUGCUGUCAUGAUCGAGCUUCGCGGUGGUCCAAUAAGCGCCAGCAGCACGACCAUACCAGCACGAAGAGGUGGACCUUCUAUCGAGUCGGACCGCGGCUCUGUGAAGAGGAGGCAAACAGAACCUGCCAUAUCACAGACAAUCAGGUCAAUGCCUCCACCGCCGGCACCACUGCACAGUCAGCACGUGAUCGACCUUAGUCAGCACCACGAGAAUCUGCCUCGAGCCCAGUCACAAAUGCCAGGCAUGGGAGACUACGUAAUGGUGACUCCACAAUCAGCAGCACUGCCAUGGCCCAAUCUCCAAGCUGGCGGCCAGCUCAUCGGGCAACAGACACACGCUCUCUUGCCAGCACCUGGGUGGAUCAGCCACGUGGGAGCUGAGUUCUCGCACAUACCACAUGCGAAUGAUCUAGCGGGUCUGCCCAAUGGUGACAUGAGCCAUCUGAACUUCAUGCCUUUCCCGUCGGAGGAUGAUUGGACUCGCUGGCACGACUCUUCCAUCAUAGGUGCGUCGACAGACUUGGAUGGAUCCUCGCCUCGUGGUCGGUUGCACAGCACUUUCAGGCAUCCACAGUGA